AUGUUCUCACCUGAAGAGCAACAAAUUGAGAUAUUGCUGCUGAAGACUAAUUUAGAAGAAAUAGAAAAUGAUUUGGUAGUACAGCGUUCAGCGUUACCAGAAUUGGAUGCAGAAAGUGAGGAAAAAUAUCAAGAGACGAUGACUGCUCUCCAUGUCGCCCGUACCCUUAAUACGGAAAUGGAACGUCUUAAACUAGAAAAUAUGAGGCUAACAGCUAAGCGAUUACAACUCAAAAACCAAUGUGAAGACAUUACAAAGUCUCUAGAACAGACGCGUGAAAAUCGCAUUGAACUUGAAAAAUUAUUGAAGGAAGAGGAACGUGAUAUUGAGUUGCAAAUCCGUAAUUAUGAGGAAUCGUUACGUGAAAAAGCAGACCGUUUCCGAAAGACUCGAAAUUUUUAUAAUGAAGACGAAAUGAAAAAAGAAUUGGAAAUGAUAAACCAAAUGGUAAUAAAACUUGAGACAGAAGAAGAAAGCCAACGAAAUUUUGUUAAGGAACUUCAAAAAAGAAUUAACAUCUCUAGUAUCGGACCUACCACUUGA